GAUAUGACACUGGGUGAAAGUACGUCAGUUUAAUAACGUGUAAGUGCGUCAGCCAAUAGUUUGUUUAAUAUAAAUUCUACAGUAUGUGGAAGCUUGUCUAUAAAUGACGUCAUACUCUCAUUCGUGUGUAAGAGAAGGUAGCGUGCGUAUCGCGUGUUUUUGAGUCUUUGUGUCUUUCAAUUUUGUGUACGUUAUUUUUAUAUUUUUUUUACUCCACCAACUGAACGCGUGAAUUAAAAACUCUAGUUACAGUCGACUUUUUCCGUAUCCUGACGCGUGUUAAAUUAAUCCUAAGUUUCAUGUAAUUUUAGGAGUGUAGUGUCUACUGUUUACUUGACUGAAGUUUUAAAAAAUAAAUAAAUUUUAUUUGGCGUUUUUACGUGUGUUCUAUACGGGCGUGCUCAGGUAAUCACCGGCGGCCAUCAUUGUUGUCAACAUGGCGGGCAAAGGAGGUCUCGCCAGCGAGCAUGGCCGCACAGACUCAUAUAGAGUCGCCACGUUACCGAACGUUCGCGACGACAACAAAACUGCUGAUGGGAUGUAUAAGUCGCGGCGAAAGGCCCCUAAGAAGAAGGGAGAUUUAGAUGACUUGAAACAGGAGUUGGAUAUCGACUUUCAUAAAAUUACUAUUGAAGAACUGUACCAGAGGUUUCAGACCCAUCCAGAAAAUGGGCUGAGCCAUGCGAAAGCAAAAGAAAAUCUGUUGAGAGACGGUCCCAAUGCAUUGACGCCACCGCGAACAACUCCGGAAUGGGUUAAGUUUUGUAAAAAUCUGUUCGGAGGUUUCGCCCUGCUGCUGUGGAUCGGUGCGUUCCUCUGUUUCGUCGCGUAUGGUAUCCAAGCGUCGACGAGCGAGGACCCCAAUGACGACAAUCUUUACCUUGGUAUUGUACUCGCCGCUGUUGUAAUAGUGACGGGUAUAUUCUCAUACUACCAGGAAAGUAAAUCAAGUAAAAUAAUGGAGUCGUUCAAAAACAUGGUGCCGCAAUUUGCGACAGUGCUGAGAGAAGGUGAAAAAUUGACACUGAGAGCCGAAGACAUUGUGCUUGGUGACGUUGUCGAGGUUAAAUUCGGUGACCGUAUACCCGCUGACAUCAGGAUAAUCGAGUCACGAGGCUUCAAAGUGGACAACAGUUCGCUGACUGGUGAAUCUGAGCCCCAGUCGAGGUCACCGGAGUUCACCAACGAGAAUCCACUUGAAACUAAAAAUCUCGCGUUCUUCUCAACCAACGCAGUCGAAGGUACAGCGAAGGGUGUAGUGAUAUGCUGUGGUGACAACACCGUCAUGGGCAGGAUCGCUGGUCUUGCGUCAGGAUUAGACACCGGCGAGACCCCAAUUGCUAAAGAAAUCCACCACUUUAUCCAUUUGAUUACCGGCGUCGCUGUAUUCCUCGGUGUGACCUUCUUCCUUAUUGCCUUUAUCCUUGGAUACCACUGGCUUGACGCUGUUAUUUUCCUUAUUGGUAUUAUUGUAGCAAACGUACCUGAAGGUCUACUGGCCACUGUUACUGUAUGUCUUACACUGACUGCUAAAAGAAUGGCCUCCAAAAAUUGUUUAGUUAAGAAUCUCGAGGCUGUAGAGACACUUGGAUCGACGUCGACAAUUUGCUCUGACAAGACCGGAACUUUGACCCAAAACCGAAUGACUGUUGCCCACAUGUGGUUCGACAACCAAAUCAUCGAAGCCGACACGACAGAGAACCAAUCUGGCGUGCAGUACGAUCGCACGAGUCCUGGAUUUAAGGCUCUAGCCAAGAUCGCCACUCUUUGUAAUCGAGCUGAAUUUAAACCCGGACAGGAGGGCGAGCCCAUCCUCCAGCGCGAAGUUAACGGUGAUGCCUCUGAAGCUGCUUUGCUUAAAUGUAUGGAACUCGCACUUGGCGAUGUUAUGGGGAUUCGUAAAAGAAAUAAAAAAGUAUGCGAAGUACCGUUCAAUUCAACAAAUAAAUAUCAAGUUUCAAUUCAUGAAUCCGAUGAUCCAAAUGACCCGCGUUAUUUACUUGUAAUGAAGGGUGCGCCUGAGCGAAUUCUUGAUCGUUGUACAACUAUUUUCAUCGGUGGGAAAGAAAAAGUACUCGAUGAGGAAAUGAAAGAGGCAUUUAAUAACGCGUAUCUUGAACUUGGCGGUCUUGGCGAGCGUGUUCUCGGAUUCUGCGACUACGUUCUCCCGUCCGACAAAUACCCUGUCGGCUUCAAAUUUAACUCUGACGAUCCCAAUUUCCCAACAGAAAACCUCCGUUUCGUAGGACUUAUGUCUAUGAUUGAUCCUCCAAGAGCUGCCGUUCCCGACGCCGUAGCCAAAUGUCGAUCCGCUGGUAUCAAAGUUAUCAUGGUCACUGGUGACCAUCCGAUCACUGCCAAAGCCAUCGCUAAGUCUGUCGGUAUCAUUUCUGAAGGUAACGAGACUGUUGAAGACAUUGCUCAGCGUUUGAACAUCCCCGUGUCCGAAGUGAACCCACGUGAAGCCAAGGCUGCAGUAGUUCACGGUGGUGAGCUCAGAGAUCUUGACUCCGAUCAGCUGGAUGAGAUUCUCAGGUAUCACACCGAAAUUGUGUUCGCUCGUACCUCGCCCCAGCAGAAACUUAUUAUCGUUGAAGGAUGUCAGCGUAUGGGUGCUAUUGUCGCUGUAACUGGUGACGGUGUAAACGACUCGCCAGCUUUGAAAAAAGCAGACAUUGGUGUUGCUAUGGGUAUCGCUGGUUCCGACGUAUCAAAACAAGCUGCCGACAUGAUUCUGCUGGACGACAACUUCGCAUCAAUUGUAACUGGAGUCGAGGAGGGCCGUUUGAUUUUCGAUAAUUUGAAGAAAUCUAUCGCCUACACCUUGACAUCAAACAUCCCCGAGAUCUCACCUUUCCUUGCAUUCAUUCUCUGUGAUAUCCCACUUCCACUUGGAACCGUCACCAUUCUCUGCAUCGAUUUAGGAACUGACAUGAUACCAGCAAUAUCACUGGCGUACGAACAUGCUGAGUCGGACAUAAUGAAGAGACGUCCACGUAAUCCCCUCUUUGACAAACUCGUUAACGACAGGCUUAUUUCAAUGGCGUACGGACAAAUUGGUAUGAUCCAAGCAGCUGCUGGAUUCUUCGUGUACUUCGUGAUCAUGGCUGAGAACGGUUUCCUUCCAAGAGAUCUCUUUGGUAUCAGAAAAAUGUGGGAUUCAAAGGCCAUCAAUGAUUUGAAAGACAGUUAUGGUCAAGAAUGGACUUACAAAGAUCGUAAAGCACUCGAGUUUACCUGUCACACAGCUUUCUUUGUAUCAAUUGUCAUUGUACAGUGGGCUGAUUUAAUUGUUUGUAAGACACGUAGAAAUUCAAUUCUUCAUCAAGGAAUGAGAAACUGGGCCCUUAAUUUCGGAAUAGUCUUCGAGACAGCACUUGCUGCUUUCCUCAGUUACACACCCGGUAUGGACAAAGGUCUCCGUAUGUACCCACUCAAGUUCGUGUGGUGGUUACCAGCAAUUCCGUUCAUGUUGGCCAUCUUCAUUUACGAUGAAACGAGACGAUUCUACCUCCGCCGGAACCCAGGAGGAUGGCUGGAGCAAGAAACUUACUAUUAAACGGUCAUGUACAGCGAGACGCAUACCCACGCGGAAACACGUAAUAAUAAUAAAAAUAAAAUAAAUAAUAAUAAUAAUAAUAAAAAUAAUAAAACAAGAUCUAAAUCACUCACAUACAUACAACACAUGUUAAACACACGGGGCGUGCUACUGAAUCGAUCUGUACUGUCGCGAUGGAGGCUGGAGAUGUGCUUCGUUUGCUAGAUCCCAUGGCUUUAGGAUCACUCGCAGCGAUAACGAGACCGGAAAUGAGUGGUACGAACAUACAAGAUAAUAAUUAUUAUAACUCAAUCGCCAUCAACAUCACCAUCAUCAACAACAACAACAACUACAACUACAAAUACUAAACACUUUGAAGAAUCCAACGAGCCGAGUAUGGACGGUUCGUCGAAUUCGUCAACCCGCACGCUCCGACGACUAGUUACUUACACGUGAUAAGAAUCUCUAUUAGGAAUUUUAAAACCAGAGGAUGUGCGCCGUCUUGAUCUUGAGAUUGUUCAUAGUUGAGCCAUAGAAAAAAUAUAUAAUAUAAUAUAACAUUUAAUAAAUAACAAAGCACUGGUGGAUUUAAUAACACAAUAAAUACAGAACGUGGAAAUGAGUCACUGCCCUUAAUUCGAAAUGCUCGAAUGAGUUCCGACAUUGAAUAAUAAAUCUGUAUUAUGAAUGGGCAAAUGCCGGGGAUUGAGUUAAUGAAGCGUGCAUCCAGCCGGAAAGAUAUUCAAAUAACCGACCAAUAUAAAUCUAUACAUAUAUAUGUAUAUGUAUAUGUAUGUAUAUAUAUAUAUAUGUAUAAAAAAAUGCAAAAGUGUGAGUAUAUGAUGAGCUUUCACGUGAUCAAGAAACAAAGUCGGGUUUGACGGGCCUAAAAAAUAAUUUAAAAAAAACAGUAGAUCGUAGAUGAGUUAAAAAAAAUUAAAAAAAUUAAUUGAACAAUAAUGGAUAAGCGGGGUAAGCUGACCGUGAUAUGUUAUAAUAAAAAAGUAAUUAAAUAAAUAAUUGAAACAUGGAUCGAAACUGCGUGUGUUAAAACUCGCGAUAACAUUUAACUCAGCUCGUGAUCAUGUUUCAAUUAAAAUAAAUAUUCAAAAUUCAAUCAAGUAUACAACGUUAAAUUUGAUCAUUAUGAAAAAUAAAUAUUAAUUUUUAAAAAUAAUAAAUAAUAUAUUUAUUAUUAUUAUUAUUGAUAAAAAUAAAAAUGAAAAAAAAAAACAAAAACAAAAUGCGGCUACCGCAAAUAAAGAUAUAUAUAAUAAUUAUUGAUUAUUAUUAUUAUUAACUAUUAAAUCUAGAUGUCUUGUGAUAUCAGGGAAUCUAAUAGACCUGUUAAUUAGCGAUUUAUUAUUUUCAAAAAUCAUAAAUAAAUAAUAAAAAAUAAUAAUGUACCUUAGAAUUGGCAUGCUUUAAGAUUUAAAAGUAAAAAUAUUUAAAACAAAAUACACGGAUGAAUAGACAAUUUAUUAUAUUAUUGCUAAAGUGGAAGAUAAUAAAUAUAAAAAGCUCGCAGGAUAUUUAUAAAUGUCAAGACACCAAAUUAUCUCAACAUUAAACCAAUAAAUAAUAAAUAAAUAAAUUAUUUAUGAGGUUUAAUAAAGACGUCAGUACGCUAGAUUGGCACGCCCUAGUUUUUUAAAAUUAUUUAUUUAUUUUUAAAAUUAUUAUGUUUACCGGAAGAAGAAUAUUCAUUCAGCAAAGCAGAUUAUCAGUGGUAUAGAGCGUCUUCAGGUUUAAAUUACCACCAGCAACAUCAUUCAGAUCGCGUCACGUUAUUAUUCUAUUUAAAUAAAAAUUCAAAAUAAAAACCAUCAUUACUUUUAUUGAAGAACGAAGAGAAGAGGGUCGACAACAAACUAAACAGCGAUUUUAAAAAUACAAUAGCAUUAAAAAAAAACAAAUCUAAUCCAUCGAUGCGCGUGCUCGUUGAUAAGCCAUCAGUAUAAUUAUAAUAUAAAAAUUGUAAUAAUAAAAAAAAUAAAAGUUAAAAAACCAUUGACUUAUAAGUUUAUCAAGUAGUUAAAGUGAGAUAAGGGGGUAGAUUCUUCAUCGGUCUGGGCUUCAUUAUACCCAUGAGAAACGGCAAACAGAGUUUUCAGUGUGAGAUAGAGUUAGAACACGGCAAAGGUGAAUAAAAAAUUUAAAAAAAAAUAAAAUAAACAAUAAUAGUACACGCGAAGAUGUAGAUGUAGGAUAUUACAGUACCAAAAGUAAAGGGAAAAUAAUUAAAAAUUUAUUAAAAUUAAAAGCUAGCAGGUGAAUGGAAGUAAUGCAUUCUCAUGUAGGUUAAAAAAAAUAAAUAAAUAAUAACCAAGUAAAUAUAUAAAUAUAACGCAUUCAUUCUUCUAGGUUUUUCUUUUUAUUUUAUAGUUAAAUAAAACGCAAAGCGAGACAGCUCGCUUUUAAAAUAAAUUACCCCGGUACGCCGAACGCCCUGUUAUCAGCCGACGGCAUGUCUUAUCAAAAAGAAAUAUAUAAAUGUAUAAAUAAUAAAGUUAUUAAAAUAAAAGUUUAAAUAAAUGCGAGCCCUUUACACAAAGUGACUUAAAUACCUGGUACGCGCGACCCUCUCGCUCAAAAAAAAAAAGGAUUUUGAAUUUAAAAAUAUAAAUAAUUAGGCGAGAUAUUUAUUAUGAAUAAUAACGGUUGUUAAAUAAAAACGCGACUGCUGUAUUAUGAUUAUUAAAAGGUGAUGAGAAGAUGCACCCCGGCAGUUCGGUCCCGAAUAAAUGCCCAAAGUGUUCAUAAUUGAGAGCCAUAAGUACACUACCAUUAUUUUUAAAAAUCAUAAUAUUAUACGUUACGUUACUACACGACACUGUCACUUCACAUACAUACUAAUCAUACUAUUUAAAUAUAUAUUAAAAAAAAAUAUAAAAAAAAAAAAAAAAAAAAAAAAAACAUUACACACAAAGAGCACAAUCAACACUGAUAAAUUGCGUAAUGUAUCUAGAGUUACAAGAGUAUGGAACGCGUUUUAAAAAUUACUCAUGCAAAUGGCUUUCGGUGACUGUAUUUUUUUUUUUUUUUUUUUUUUAAUUAUUUUAUCCCAUCGUUAUUAUUAAAAUUGUAUCGAUAAAAUGUUAAUUACCGCUAGGAAUGACGCAGACUUAACGACAUCUCCAUAUGUUAUUAUCGUUAUUAAAAAUUUGUCUUGAGGACUGCGUGAAUUUCCCGCCGCGUAAUUUCGAUUUAUUUCUUUAUUUAAUAAAAUAAAAUAAAAUAAAAUAAAAUAAAAAGUAUUUAUUAAUUAUUACUACUAUUACUAUGACUUGUAGAUUUGAAAAUAAUAACGUGUUUUAAAAAAAUAAAAAAAAAACGGCCCGAAAGUUGAGCCGUUAAAUUUUAACGGGGUUGAGAUUUAUUGAAGAUUUGUUCUUGUUGAUGCGUGGGGUAUGUUAGUAAUCAACAAAUAAAAAUCAUACGUGCCGUAAUAACGCGAUUUAAUUAUUAUUAUUAUUUUAAUUAUUAUAAUUAUUAUUAUUAUUGAUUAUUAAUUAUGCGGCACGGAUGAAACGACUCACUAAGAUUUAUUAAUCGAUAAAUAAUCGUGAGAAUGUGAUUAAUAAAUUUAACGAUUUAAAUAAAUUGAUGAAUAAAUAAUAAUGAUGUUGAAACGGUGGUCAACAGGGUGUUCCGUGCCGGGGAGAUGUAGGAGCCCAUUGAAAAAUUGAUUAAAAAAAGAUAAAAAAAAAUAAAUGCUUUGCCGUCGUGCGCCGCCUCACUUUAGGUUAAUAAUUUAAAUAUUAACGAUAAUAUAAUAAUUAUGAUAAUACAAUACAUGUUAUUAUAAUAAGAUAUUACUAGAUGUAAUUAUUAUAUAUGAAUUAGUCUAGAUCGUGUUGUUGAAGAAAAAGUAUGUAUAAGAUAAAUAAAAAAAAUUACAAAAAGAAAUGGAAUGAGCAAGAUAUAAAAUAGAAAAAUAUUUAAAAAUAAUUAUUAUUAUAAUGAAAUAAAUAAAAAAAAAAAUUAACACAAUAUAAAGGAUUAAGAUUCGGUCUAAGACCAUAAAUCCGCGGCGGAAUGAGUGGAUACGAGUUUCGAUUCAUUUGUAGAAUUUAUAUACUUCUAUUGUUACUUUAUUUAUUUUUUUUCAUCGGUAAAAUUAACGAAUUUCAAUUUGUCAUUUUAAAUGUUUAUAUAAAUUUUUUUAACGCACUUUUUUUUUAAAUUACGUCACCACAUGUGAAAAAAAUUCCGAGUGUGAGCGAAUAAUAAUUAUGUAUAAUUGUGAAUUUGCAAGAAUCUAGUGUGCUUGAUAUUGAUAUUUUAUUGACUUUAAAUAUAUAAUUAAAAAGUUAAUUUGUUUUUUAAAUAUAAUUGCAUAAUUGAAGGGAUGAUAAGAAAAGUAUAAAUGAGUAAAAUUUAAAUUUUAAUGUCAGUUGUAUAUUUUUUGUUUUAAAAAAAAUUAUACUCUUUAAAAAAGUCAUAAACUAAUUGUUCAAAUUCACUUUACUCUUUUCUUUCCCAAUGUCCCUUUAAUUAUCGAUAACAGAAAUUUCAAUUAUUUUCUUCAGUUAUACUCGACGUUAUAAUUCCGAAGAAGAUAAAAUAAAAUAUUUAAAUGGGUACGUCAUUUGUAUCAACUCAGUCCGCGCGCGCGAUUAAAUUGAAUGAUUAAUAUGAUAAAAAAUAAUAAUAAAUAAAUUGAAUAAUGUUUUAUUAAUAUUGUAAAUAUUUUAAAUAAAUAGACGACGGACAUAAAAAUUAUGCGUGAUUGUGGACCCACUGGAGUCGGUUUUUGAUCCAAUCUAUAGACCGACUCUUGUAUUAUUAUUACGACGGGUCCUUUGCUCUUUUUGCGUUUAUUUUUGUUUCGCUUUACACGUGUAUGUACAUCACUAUACUUACACACUACAAAUAAUAUGUCAAUGAACGUUAGUAUUAAAAAAGCCAACACUAAUGAGCUUUAUUAAUUGGCCAAUAAAAUGCCCAACAAUCACUCGGCGAGCCCACUUUAAAUAAUAAUAAUACCGAUAUACAUUUAACACUAAUCAAAAAUAAAUAAAGUUAUAACACGUAUAUAUAUAAAUAUAUAUGUAUAACCGAAAUUGAUAACGUGAGAUAGAGAAACUCGUACACAAAAAAUACACGCGAUGAUUGAAAUAAAAAAACACACACAUGCUCACCGCUCUACUCUAUAUCUGUAAUACCUUUUUCUGAUUGACAAUUCCUUUCGUAUGAUUAAUUAAUAAGUUUUGUUUUCACUCAUGAAAUAUAUUAAGGAGAUAAAAAAAAAUGAAUAAAAAAUAAAAAAAAAUAAAAAAAAAAUAAACGAAAGACAUUGUCCAACCCAAGUGUCAUUACUUUUGAUGUUAAAUAAAAAAUACAUAAUUAAUAAAAA